UGGCUCUGAUCUAAAUACAAAGAAUCACACAUACUCUUUCACCAUAAUGAGUUUUCAAAUAUUAUGGUUAUUUCGCAUAGUUCUCAUCGUAACAUUCAUCUCCAAUGGCUCGUGUUUUCCAGACCAAGCAUGGUACUAUAGUUUUGUGAAAGAUGCGAAACUCGCACCAAUGUUCGCUCGCUUCGACUACAUAAUCAUCGGAGGAGGAACCUCAGGCUGCGCUUUAGCCGCAACGCUAUCUCAAAACGCCAGCGUUUUGGUUCUUGAACGCGGCGGCUCGCCUUACGAUAGCCCGUCGGCGACAGAUAUAGGAAACUUCGCCACGACACUCUCAAACACAUCACCCAAGUCAUGGUCGCAGCUAUUCAUCUCCGAAGACGGCGUUUACAACACUCGUGCUCGCGUCCUCGGCGGAGGCUCGGUGCUAAACGCUGGGUUCUACACACGUGCCGGGGAUGACUACGUGAAGGAGGCUGAGUGGAAGAGUGAUGAAGUGGAAGCUGCUUACGAGUGGGUCGAGGAGAAAGUAGCGUUUCAACCACCGGUGAUGGGAUGGCAAACGGCGUUCAAAGAUGGGCUUUUGGAGGCUGGAGAGUUUCCGUAUAAUGGUUUCACGUACGAUCAUAUCAAUGGGACCAAGAUUGGCGGUACGAUCUUUGAUCAAGCCGGUCAUAGACAUACCGCGGCUAAUUUGUUGGAGUAUGCUAAUCCGAACUCGCUUGCUGUCUAUUUGCACGCUAAUGUUCACAAGAUCCUCUUCACCACCAAAGGUAUUUGAAUGAUUUAUAUUUUUCUCUUUCUUUCAAUCUAUAUUUUGGUUUCGGUUUGGGGCUGGCAUAGUAUUAGGAUAGUAUUAGGGAGGUGUACUCAACU